UCAGUUUGUUAGAUUCAUUCGACUUCGACAUAGGGCAACGAAUGCCUGAAAGCAUGUGGAGAACAUUCCUCGUUCUCGGUUUCUUCUCUGUCGCAGCUUGUGCGAAGGACUGCGUGCCUUAUAUCGUCGACAACGGUGUACUCGCGUGCGUUUGCAAUUCCACAUAUUGCGACGACACCCCGGAUGCUGAGCCAAAGAUCCCGGAGAAAGGGAGCUUUUACUGGUACGUCUCGAACAAGGGAGGCGACAGAUUGCGGAUGUCGAGCGGAAAGUUUAGCCCGGAUGAGAACCAUUCACCGACCGAGGAACAUUUGGUUUUAAACAGGUCGAAAACGUAUCAAACGAUUCUCGGAUUCGGAGGCGCCUUCACCGACUCCGUUGGCAUAAACAUAAAGAAACUUAGCCCCGCUACUCAGGAUCAACUGAUACG